GACGCGGCGCUCUGGGCGCUUCCGCCCUCCCGGGCUCCAGUCCGGCGGCGGGAGGCCUGGGGCGGCGCUUCGGUUUGUGGGAGCCGCCGUGGUGUGAAGGCGCGAGGCCGGUGGGAAGGGCCGGGCCUUGUAGUCUCCUCCUCCGGGUCUGCGGCUCCCCGUCCCAGAUGGACAGGGUGUGCGCCGUGUUCGGAGGCUCCCGGGGCAUCGGCAAGGCGGUGGCCCGCUUGAUGGCCCAGAGAGGCUACCGACUGGCCAUCGUCGCCCGGAAUCUGCAGGGGGCCAGAGCCGCGGCCGGGGACCUGGGCGGAGAUCAUUUGGCAUUGAGCUGUGAUGUUGCCAAAGAACAUGAUGUUCAAAAUACAUUUGAAGAGAUAGAGAAGAACUUAGGUCGAGUUAAUUUCUUGGUAAAUGCAGCUGGAAUUAACAGGGAUAACCUCUUAGUAAGGACAAAUGCCGAAGAUAUGCUAUCUCAGCUUCAUACUAACCUCUUGGGCUCCAUGCUGACCUGUAGAGCUGCCGUGAAGACAAUGAUUAAACAGCAGACAGGGUCCAUUGUGAAUGUGGGAAGCGUUGUAGGUGUAAAAGGCAGUUCUGGCCAGUCCGUGUACAGCGCCAGUAAAGGCGGGCUAGUUGCGUUCUCACGCGCUCUUGCUAAAGAAGUAGCAAGAAAGAAAAUUAGAGUGAAUGUAGUUGCGCCAGCCAUCUGCACCCAUGAACACAAAGCAUUCUACAAAUGACUGAAGUCCCAUUUUAAACUUGGAUUUCCACUGUGUGCCGAGUGACCUUCAGGGCAGAAGGGAGAGGGGGUGGAGUGACUGUGGACGCACUCCUUCAAGGCAGAGCUGCAGAACCAGCCUCUUCCUGGACCAGAACAGGCACAGGAUUAGGAGGAAAAACUUCUGCUGAAGCGAAUUCAAAAAGGUUUAAAUGCCCCAAAGCUCCAGUUUUAAACACACGUCUCCCUUUCUGAUGUCCACACGUUUUGAGGCUCCCGGGAGUAACUGAAACAGCCAGCGAGCACGCAGGCGCUAGAAGACAGCACUGUGGGUGCGCGGAGUCCACAGGAUGGUGGGGGGCAGGUGUGAGCGCUUCAGAGUAUGUACGUGAAAACGUAUCAGGUGCUCCCAAACCUGAAAGGCAGAGUCUCCGGGACUGUCCUGUCACUCCUGUCGGAAUAGGCCAGAACCGUUGAGAGUGUGAGUAGUAAGUACGGUGCUUCUAAGAUGAGUCAGAAACGUACCAGGUAGCGUCCCAAGGUGUAUAAACCAGUUACGCACAUAUAAAGUUAGUACUGGUCCAGUUAGAAAUACAAAAUGAGAAUUAUGGAAGCUGCCUCAAAUAUCUGGGGUUCCACAAAUUUACAAGCAGACCUGUGUAACAAAGUAGACUCUGGUUUUAAGAAAACAUUGCAGUUCAGUAUUCCAAACACAGUCUCUGGUCCCAGCGGUAACCUCAGAAAUCACUUCUCUGGAGAGUAGAACCAUUUAUAUGUUUGUACAAAUUUGCAGAUAACAAAAUAAACAAAAAAGUAGAGAAGACCUGUCCAAGGCUGACGUUUAGUCUGUUUUUUUUUCCCAAAAGAGUUGACAAGUCCAUGAAUUGAGCAGGUUGAUAUCGGGCUGUUGGUUCUCGUGUGAGUGUGUGGCAGUGGAGCCGGUCCCAAGCUGCUCCCUGGAGGUGUAGGCAGAGCUGGGGUGGCUCACAGAGCACGGGGGAGACGAGAGCGUGGCAGCGUGAGAAAGUGUGCACUUCGCCCAGCCCAGAUGCAUGCCAGAGCGCAUGUGCGUGCGCAUACACGAUUACAUAUUUGUCAGACAGACACAUGUUUGUGUGUUUAUCUAAAACUUAUUAAAAUAACUAUUGAUUAUGGCUUUUGCUUUAUGGAGAAGGAAGCCGUUAAUUAGCCUGUGAGUUGAUACUCAUAGAUAAGAGUAGUUUAGAACCUGGAUACUUCUAAAAUGAUUAGAAAAAGUUCUAAAAUGAGUAGUUCUAAAAUGAUUGCGAAAAAAAUCAAGUAAUGAACUGGUGCCUAGAAAAAAAUUUCUUGUACCUUAUAUUUUAUAUAAGAUCUUUAUUUUAAAAUUUUGCACUGAUUAUGGGAUAAUGUUAGAUGGACAGGAUCUUAGUGAUGAUUUAUUCUAGUCAUCUUAACUGUUUAGAAGACUGGGCCCCAAGAGGCAGAGUGAGUUGCCCAAGGUUCCACAGCUAGUUUUUGGUGGAACUGUUACAAAAGCUUUAUCUUUUGAUUGUCAGCUAAUAAGGCUUGAAAAUUAUGGCCCCUUAAAUUUGUUUUAUAUCAUUACAAGAUUUAGGUCUUUUUGUUCUUUUGCUAUUAUGUUCUGUCUAAAAUAUCUGGAAACUUCCAAUUUUAUAACUUUUACCUUUACAUUAUUUGCGUUUUGACAAAUUACUAGUUGAUAAAAAUCGCCUGGAUUAGUUAAGAGACUAAUAAAAAGGUGCUAAAACUCAAAUCUGCAUCAUCAUUCAUUAGCUGGUGUGAUAGAAGGUUUGGUUAGUGGAUUGUUGAGGACAGUGAGUGUUCUCCUGUGUCUCUGCCAGUCGCCGUGGGACCUUUGACCCAGCUUGCUGUGGGCACUGGGGCUGGCCCGCUGGGGGCUCGUAAGGCCACCCUGGCCGCUCUGCUCCGUGGGCCCUAGAGCUGGUGUUGCAUUUGGCACCGGUGCUGAACCAGCAGGGACCAGGGAAUUGUUGGAAUGUCCUGGCAGGCCUCUUGGUCUACAGCGUUCCAUCGUCCCAAUUCAUUGUUUAGUCAGAGACCAGCUGAGUUCAAGCAUUCCAAAUCCAUGAACAUUUGAUAAAUGACUUGAUUUAGAUACAUUCAGUUCUGGGGGGAAAAAAGGAAAAAAAGAAAAUCUCAAAGCUGCAUUGUGGUCUUGGCACUGCUUUCUGUGUGUGUGUGCUUUGUGCAGCCCGAUUGAUUUUCGUGUUAGCUGAGUUUAACCAUGUGUAGAGUAGAUGGUUUGGGGCAGCAUGUAUGUGCUUCUCUCUUUUUUAGGGAUUGCAGUAGUGUGGGUGAUGAAGAGUUAACUCUAGGUCACGAUGAUCUCGAAGCUGGAUGGUUUCAGGGUAGUGCAAGUGUUCCUAAUCCUGAUUCUAAUCAUUCAUUCAGCAGACUUCCUGAGUGUCUCCUGUAUGUGAGCGCUGGCAACGCUCCAAAAUUAGACACGAAAGCUAUUUCUGCCACAAGGAAAGAAGUACAGUGGGAAAGACAGGUGUAUAGACAGAUAAUUACAGUGCCAUGUGAUGAAUGCCAAGCAGGUACCCCUGUGAUGCUAUGGAAACGCUGGAGAAGGAAUGCUUAAUUUUGUCAGGGUUAAUUAGUUGUCAAGGCAACAGGCUAAAUAGUUCAAAUCCAGUUUGUAUAUAAAGGGAAGUUUUAUUAGUGUUAGGGAUGUGUGCUUUUAUAGCCUUUCCUAAAGAUCUUACUUUCUAGUGCAGUUUACACUGAAGGAAAGAAAAAUCCUGUUGCUAAAAAAUGUGGACACUGAGUAGGGUGACCUUUAUUAUCUUGGCUGUAGUGUAAUAUAUUGGCUGCACUAUAAGCAUGGUAUGAACAUGCUUCACUAAUUAGAAGCAAAGUACAAGUUGAAAUGGUAGCAUUAAAUUGAGUCUAUGGAUUAUUAAUUUAUUUUAGAUAGUAAUUUCUACUAGAUUCUUCAGAUCCUUUAACGGAGUUGAUAAACAUCAGAAUUGAUAUGUUUAUUUUUAAUGUUAGUUUUCCUCGUCACCUGCAAAUGGAGUUUCCAAUUAAGUUAAAAACAGUUAAAAAGCAAAUCAUAAUAGGAAAAACAAGGGACAAGCACAGUAAUAAAUUAGGCUAUCAUUUGCUGCCUAAUAUUUUUAAAGAUGAAUUAGUUGCUAAGUUUUGGUAUUACAUUAACUAUAAAUUUCUCAUCAUGGAUAAAUGUUACUGAUUGGAAAAUAUUGAAUAUGAGAAACAGAAUAUUUGAUAAAUUGAAACUAUAUUGGAUACAGUGCUUUUUUUUUUUUUUUUUUUUUUGCGGUACGCGGGCCUCUCACUGUUGUGGCCUCUCCCGUUGCGGAGCACAGGCUCUGGACGCGCAGGCUCAGCGGCCAUGGCUCACGGGCCCAGCCGCUCCGCGGCAUGUGGGAUCCUCCCGGACCGGGGCACGAACCCGUGUCCCCUGCAUCGGCAGGCGGACUCUCAACCACUGCGCCACCAGGGAAGCCCAAUACAUUGCUUUUAAAAAUGUGUUUUCAAUAGAUAACACAAAUGUGUACAAAAUUCAAAAGUACAAAAAGGCAUAGAGUGAAAGGUGAGUCUUCUCUAGCCAUUCAGUUCCUUCCUCAGAGGCAACCAACCACAGUCAGCUAGUUCUCUCUGUAUUUCAUAUAUAAGUCAGUAGAGCAUAUAUAUAUAUAUAUACUGUUGACUGAAAAAAAAGCACAACCUAAAAAUUGAGAAUUAGGUUUUAUUUGGCAGACUUUCUGAGGGCUUAAGCCUGGGAGGCAGCCUCUCAGACAGCUCCGAGGGGCUGCUCCCAAGAGGUAAGGGGGAGCCAGGAUGUAGAGGAGUUGUUGCAACAAAGGCCAGGUAAUCGGAACAUCAAAAGAUGACUGUUAAUUAAAGAAAACCAGACAUCUCAAGUUAAGGAAUUUAGCGCUUUUCUAUGUAUGGGAAGAUGCAAGAGUCUGGGCUCACUGGAAUCAUUCCUUUGAUCUGCACCUCAGCUCUCUGGGGCCAGUGUCGUGUGCUUUCCUAUCUGUCCCAUCCUGAGUCCCCUCAGGGCUCACCGUUGGGGGCAGCUGUAGUGGCUUGAUGGCUGCAACAGCCUUUGUUUACUUUUUUUUUUGGCGCCGAGGCUUGUGGGAUCUCAGUCCCCAGACCAGGGAUUGAACCCAUGCCCCCUGCAGUGGAAGCACAGAGUCCUAACCACUGGACCACCACUUUGUUUACUGAUAUGGCAGGCAGCGUUUUUCAUUCACAAUACAUAUUUUUAAGAAAACACAAAUUGAUCAUACUAUUCACAAUGUUCUGUACCUUGCUUUACUCAUAGAACAAUCUAUUCUGGAGUUGAUUCCAUAUAGAGAACUGCUUCACUUUUUAAAAUAAUAGCUCUAUGGAAAUAUAACUCACGUACCUCAUAAUUCACCCAUGUAAAAUGUCCAAUUCAGUGGGUUUAGUGUAGUCACAGAAUUGUUCCAUCAUCACCCUGAUACAUUUGAGAACAUCGUAUUUUCAUCAUCCCAAAAGAAACCCUGUAGCCGUGAGCAUUCACUCCCCAUUUCCCUCAAGUCUCCCCAGCCUUUAGCACCCACUCAUCUACUUUCUGUCCCUGUCAUACGGAGUGUGGUCUUUUGUGACUGCUUCGCUAUUUUUAAUGGCUGAGUUAAAAGACAAUAAUGUCUGUUUUAUGGGUGCACUGUAAUUCAUUUAACCUGUGCCUCUCAUUGGGCACUUCGGUUUUUUCUGAUCUUUUGCUGGUCCGACUAGUAAUGCAGUGACAGUACUUGUAAGUGAUUUAUUUUGCACAUGUGUGAGUAUAUAUAUGAGUGUCGUCUUGGGACUGAACCUGCCAGGGCUCAAAGGGUACGUGCCCUUAACGUCUGGACAGAUGGUACAGCAGUCAUGUGUUUCUACAGGGCACCCUGAGUGUUUUGCGCCCUCUCCUCCCUUCUUUUAGUUGCAGAGCUUUUAUGUUUACUCCUGGGACAAAGUCUUGCUGGCAGAUGCUGGCAGAGGCUUGCAGGUGCUGUUGUGUGCUGUUCAGUGUGGUGUUAAUUUUUUACACAGCUUCCCUGUACACUUUUACAAGCGUAAUAUUAGAACAUACACAUUUGUUCUGGUUAAAAUCUUGGUCUGGAUUUUGGCAACAGCCUUGUUUUAUCUCCCUAAAAAAGGGUCUUGGAUUAUUUUAAUUCCUUCUAGGUCCUAGGAACUUAUAUCAGAGAAUGGACAUCUAAGCAGAGAGCCAUAUUAGACAGUGCACAUCCCACAAUUGGUAGUACUGGUGUCUAAAACUGGCUAAAGUCCUGGCGUCUUAUUUAAAUAUGAGCUCUCUACUGUAUAUCAAAAUAUUCAAAACUAAAAUAGUGACCAAGUCAUAUGGAAGUGAGAUGCUGUUUAUUUAUACUCUAUAGGUAGCCAAAAAUGGGUCAAGGAAGUACAUUUCCUUGGGAGCUGACCAAAUAUAAGCUCUCACUGGACGAGAACCACACACUUGCUUUUCUGAGAAAGGGUAUCCUGUUCCUAAAGAGCUCCUACCUCUCGGAAGUGUACUGAGCGUGCCAUCACCGAUGUGGGACUGCAGCAGCCGUGUCCUGUUCUGUUGGCCGAGCGCCUGGUGCUCAGUUAUCUCUCUGGCUUAAGGAGUGACAGCUUUGCAGCCCGCCGAAGCCUCUGACUCCCAUAGGUGAUCCACAGUGACGCCAUCUGUGGGCAGUGGCACCAACUGGGAGUUUGUAAUUUUUAUAACCCAGCUUGAAAGUUGUUGUAAAUAUAUAUGUAGUAAAGUGAAAUUUCCAGAGCUUUAUAAAUAAAGUGGGAGAAUGCUAUGGGAGAGCAUCCUCUGGGGCCGAGGAGAGAUCAUAAAUUGGGAAACAACACAAGCACAGAAACGGGUGUGUGCAAUGUUUACAAACGACUAAUGUCUCUGCUCAGGUCCCACGAGAUUUGGUAGAGAGUCUAGGAGACUUUAUAUGCAGUGCCCUGGUUGUGGAUAUAUUUAUAAUUCAGGAUCAUGUAAUUCAUGAGCUGUAGCAUAAAAUGAUAGUGAAAUUUGGUAGAGCCUGGACUACUUUAUCACUAGAGACGAGCUUCAUGUUUUUCUUGGAUUUCUGAUAAAUUAGGGGACGAUAUAUAUGAAUUUGAAGAAGCUGCAGAUAGAGUUUUAGUUUUAGUAAAACCGUUCUGCGUGAGACUAGUGGUGGAUACAUGAUGAGAUGCAUUCGUCGGAACAUAGACCUGUCCAACCCAAAGGGCUUCCCCUGGGGUAAACCAUGACUUCACUUAAUAGCGUAUGAGUGUUGGUUCACCAGAUGCAGUGUGCUAAGGCAGGGUGUUAAUAAUUGGGGGGUGCAGGGGGAAGGCAGUGUUUUAUGAGGUAUGUGGGGACUCCCUCCACUUUCUGAUCAGUUUUUUUGUAAACCUAAGGCUGCUCUAAAAAAUAAAGUCUAUUAAUUUAAGAGGAAAAAUAAAGCUGCUGACAGUGAGAGGACGGUGCUUGCGUUUGGGACAGGUUCCUGCUCUCUGUAUCCGACAUCAUGGUCCAGGAGGAGAAGCCAGUGUUCGGGACGGCUUCUCUCCCUCUCAGCCUGGCCUCCGCCCGCCACUGCACUUUUAGGCUUUCAGCGCAGAGUCCAGCGCUGGCCGGCAGCUGUGCUGUGAGGCCUGUCCGUCCAGCUGUCCGUUCCCAGUGGGAGAGGCCCUGGAACUCCCCCUGUGAAAUGAUGCCCUGAUCCUCCACUCAGUGGGAGCAGUUGAGGGAGAGCCGGCCCACGGGGCGGGGGCCCGAGCAGCCUGACGCUGUGCUGGACCCGCGGGCUCUGCUCUCUCCUCGACAGAUCUGAGCCCUCACGGACAUGAGUCCAGGCCGUGGUGUCGGACGAGGCCUGUCUCCUGUCAGAAGCACGCGUGUGUCAGUCUGUCUGCCACAGUGGCUGGCUCCCGUGGCUGGCUCUGGAGGACCGGGUCUGUCCCAUGGCCGCAUCUCUGUGGCAGAGGCCUGCCUUAUCGCCGUUUCGCUGCCUGAAUCUCCCUUCCUGUCUGCAGUCUGCCUUCCCGCAUCUCGCGCCCUGUUCCAGAUCUGCCUUUUUCCCAGGGUGAAAACACUUCUGGUGUCCUCUCACAGACCGUGUGGCCUUACAUUCCCCUAGAAGCUGGGCACCUCAGUUCCCUUCAGCACAGCCUGAGUAACAACCCGGAUGAGCAUCCACCGGUGCUUGCUGAACAGGAGCUCUUCCAGCCACGCGGCUGCAGUGUAAGAACUGGGGGCCUUUGAGGGGAAAUACGACGACCCGUGAAGAGGCAUACCUUCAUCCUGGAGUCGUAGUUAUGUAGAGCUGAAGUCUGCCAUUCUCAGUCUACUGCCCCUGUUUUACGAGACAGGAGCAGCCUGCAGUUUAGAUGGUGCGUGCUGCCCAGCUGUUAGCUUGCAGAGUACAGCAGAGCGAGGGACGGAAGCUAGUGGGGGGUGUCCUCACCCAAUGCCCUGCUUGCCACGAAAUGCCACCUCUGAGAAGACGUCAGCAGAGCCACGUAGAAGUUGAGCUAACCGGUAGUCAUGAGGUCUUUCUUGCAGCGCGUUUUUACUGUAGUUUAUUAAGGUCUGUUUUGUUUUUUAAGAUUAAAAUGCAUCAUUGAUUUUCUGCCGAGGGUUGAGAGUUAGUGGGGAAAUAUUUUAUGCCAAUUUUGCUAGAAUUCAAAACAACCUUAGAGUAAAUAAUUGUAUCAUGAACUCUUUGAGAAGAUGACCUGGAUAUUUAAAUGUUAGAGUCGUGAUUUAUUCAGUCGACGUUGUAGGCAUGUGAAGUGCGUUCUCUUCCUGAUUCACUUUCUGAGGCACCUUUGACCCUGAAGUGUGUCCAGAGGCUUCGGAUCCGGGAGCCCUGCGACCCUGCUUGUUGGGUAGCCGCAGCCCAUGCAGUACUGGGAUCUUCCUGUAGGUGGAGCUCCGCUCACAGCGCACUCAUGACGCGGUUUCAUCACAGCUGUACUUUGCCUUCUUUUUUUAAGUCUAAAUGAUGAGUAGCGUACAGAAUACUGAUUAUAGAAGUUAGUGGUAAUAUGUAUUCAUAUGUAUCAGACUAAUCUCACAAGAUUUCCUUAAUAUGCAGUUCUUCUGUGCUAUGAACCAUUUAGAACUGGUACUCCAUAUAUCAUGUCACUUUAACUACAGCUCUUGCUACUUGAGAACAUGUUCUCUGCAAACCUUAUUGCACACAGCACUGCCGUGUUAACUUUAAAAUUUUUCUGUGUAUACUUGCAUCAGGAUUGGAUAAUUCCAUUAGGUUUUUUUUCUUAUAGGAACAUUGGAAAUACUGGUCUUUCUAAUCAUCAGCUAUCUUAGAUAUAGCACAUGAAACUAAUUUUUGUCAGAACUGCCAAAUCAGGUCAUGUGACCAUGUUUGUGAUGCUUUCCUUCCCUCUACUCCCCCACUCCACCCCUAAUCAAGUGAAAAUUAAUCACUUGUGUGGUUCUUUGUGUUCACCUCUAUCAGGAUAUUCACCCAAGUUCCUUUUAUUAUAAUUAGGGGUGCCAAGUGAGUGUUUCCUCCCUAGGUUACAGGUUCCUUAAGGAAUGGAAUUUUUAUUCAUGUUUAUAUCUAUCCAAUCAUAUUGUGCUACGAGUUGGGUCAAAUAUUUUAGUGUUCAGUAAAUGUUCAUUGGGUUAAAUUGAAUAAAAAUUGAGUACUUGGGUACUGAUUGCUAGCAAAACUCUGUAUUUCCUAAACAAGGUUUAUUAAUCAUCUCAAAUUUUCAACAGCGAAUUUAUUUUUUUUGAAAUUGAGCAAGUGUCUUAGUGUCUGCCCUUUUCAACUAAAUGAGCAAACAUUUCUCUUUCAGGAUUUGUUCAUACAGAUAUGACGAAAGACUUGAAAGAAGAACAUUUAAAGAAAAACAUCCCUCUUGGGAGGUUUGGAGACCCCGUUGAUGUGGCCCA